UUCGAGUUGGCUUGAAAAUAUGGAUAAAUUGUAUAAAGACGAUAAUUGUGUUCGAUCGAAUUAAGUGAUGAGUUUUUUAAGCAGUGUAUUAACAAACUCUGGCAAUGCCAUAUUCCGGAAUGCUUUAUGCUGUCGAGAUAUUAUAAAAACAAUAAGCGUUGUAUCUACCGAACAUUUUGUCAGCAGGGACACGUUUGACAAGGCCAAUCAACCAGACAUAUGCAAGAGCAAACAUUGUACGAAGCACCCAACGCCAAUUCUUACUCUAUGGACUCAAGUCCGUUUUGCGAAAGAAUGUCCAAAACCCCCUUUCCACCGUGACCUUGAAUAUCCUAAUUUUGAUUACUACAGAAAAUCUCAGUUUGUAGAUCCUCGAAAGACUACGUGGGGCUCCGGGGAUGCUAAGCCGGGGGGUACGUAUGUUGUCGGGUUUUUUGGUUUAUUAUUUUGCGCUUACGGCGUUAAAUCACAUGCCGCACAUUACAUUCACUUGAUGGGAGCCGCUGCCGAUGUCCUUGCGUUGGCUUCAAUGGAAAUAGAUAUAUCGAAAAUUGCUCCAGGGGUGUGCAUGUCGUUUAAGUGGCGAGGAAAACCAGUGUUUGUGAAGAACCGAACUCAGGCUGAAAUUGACCUGGAGAACGCUACUCCGCUUUCCUCGUUGAGAGACCCGGAGCCUACAGAGAAGCGCGCUAUAAAGCAGGAAUGGCUAGUUGUUAUAGGCAUAUGUACUCACCUGGGCUGCGUGCCGAUCCCUAACACUGGCGACUAUGUCGGGGGCUUCUACUGUCCCUGUCACGGCAGCCAUUACGACAACGCUGGAAGGACUCGCAAGGGACCGGCGCCGCUCAAUUUGGAAGUACCACCUUAUAAAUUUCUCUCAGAUUCUCUUAUUCUAGUUGGAUGACUUCUUUAUAGUACUUAUUAUGGUUAUAUUUACAUGUAGUCUAAAUUACUUAUUAAAAUGAUUUUUUCUUACUUACUACUCUUACUUUAUGUGAGUUUAGCUUUAAUUUAUGGUUUUUGGAUACUUACCUAAUAGUAGCUUAUCGGAUCUCUACAUAGUACCUAUUAUCUAAGUAUAUGUAUUAUUUC